AUGCCAAGUUGUUUUUUGUGUAAACGUUUUUGGUCUGUGAAAAAAACUGAUGUUAGCUUUCAUCGACUACCAGCAGAUGAACCACGUAAAAAUCAGUGGAUCCAAUUUUUUCAAGAUUGUGAUGCUGAUACCAUCAAAAUUAAGCCUUCUACCUCCAUAUGCUCUGAACAUUUCAUUUCAGACUGCUUCAAAAAUUAUGUUAGAAGCAAACUUUUAAAAGAAGAUGCCGUACCUUCUAUCGUGGUAAAACGUUUAAAAUAUGCUAAAAUUACUGUUCCUCAGGUGAAAGUGUCUUUAUCCAAUACAUCAACAUUUACUUGUCUAGAAGAGAUUGAAUUGAAAGGUUUUGGAAAACAUCCUGACCUACCUUGUGAUAAACAGAGUUUAACAUCAGAUAGUUUUAGUCUAAAAAGACCAUUUGAAGAAUCACAGUCGGUAAAUGUUAUGGUUCAAGCGUCAAUUUUAGAAAGUCAUGAUAAACCUAGAAGAACAUUUUUGAAACGUUCUGUGUCAUCACUAGUUGAUAUAUGUAAUGCUAAGGAUAAAAAAUUGAAGAUACUUAAUCAACGUUUAAGAAAACAUACAAAAACAAUUGUUUCUUUGAAAAAUGUUAUCAAUACAAUAAAGGCCAAGUUAUUGAUUAACCAAGAGCAGGCAAAUUUAUUAGAUUCAAAUUUCGGUCAAUAACUGUACUAUGGCUCAAAAAACCUCAGACACAAGGCAAGAAAGUAAUGAUUUU